AUGCCAUACCGACCCAAUCAUAUAUUCAAAGGCGUAGUGACGAAAGCAGGUGUGAUGAGGAAGACAGUGACGGUGACGGUCGAACGUAUAUUCGAACAUCCAAAGAUAUUAAAAGAAAUCAAGAGGCAUAAAAAGUACCUUGUUCACGAUGAGGGAGAGGUUGCUAAAGUAGACGACAAAGUAACUAUCAUUCACGGUCUACGCACAUCCAAAACGAAAUCAUUCAGGUUACAAUCGAUAGACGGACGAGAUACGAGGAAAUACCCUGACGAUCCCAUACCUCAGAUAAUAUCUGAACCGCAUAUAAGGUUGAGGAAGCAGAAGAAAAUGGGUGUGUUGGAAGCUUUGAAUGCAGUGAGGAGUGAAGAAGCAAAGGCAGUCAGUCCAUAG